AUGAGAAGAAAAAAUAUUUGGUCAGCAGAAUGUCUUUUAGAUGAAAAGGUAGAAAACGAAAAAAAAUAUUAUUUAGUGAAAUGGAAAGGUACUGAUAGAACAACUGGAAAACAGUGGGAACCUACAUGGGAACCGGAUAGAAAUUGUUCUGCAGCUUUAAAAAAAGAUUGGAUGCUAAAACAACAAAGUGAUAAUACUCAUUCCAACAUGACAUCAACAAUAGAAACCGCACAAGAACCCAGCCAAGAGGCCCAUUCGCUAGGAAAUGAUGAUUUGAUUGAAAAAUCUCUCGAUAUUGAUAAUAUUCAUUACAACAUAGCAUUAAAAAUGCUUGAGAAAGAGCCCGACCAAGAAAUCCAGCCACUAGGAAAUGAUGAUUGGAUGGAAAAUUUUCCCAACAUUGAUAAUAUUCAUUACAACAUAGCAUUAAAAAUACUCGAGGAAGAAAUGACACAAGUACCCGACCAAGAAACCCAGCCACUAGAAAAUGAUAAUUUGAUGGAAAAAUCUCCCAAUGUUAAUCAAAAUGAUGAAGUGAGACAAUCAAUGAAUAAGAGAAAAGCAACUGAUAUAUCAAACAAUCUCAUAAAGCAACAUAAGGGAUAUUAUGAAAAAACAAAUACUAGGUAUGAAAACCUUAUAAAAUAUUUAUAUUCAUCAAAUGAAACUGUAAAAAUGGAAAUGAAGACAAUUCAAAAAAACCAAAUACUAUUGAAAAGAGAAUUGGAAAUAAGUCUGUCAGAAUUAGAAAAUAAAAAAACCCAUUUGAAAAGUUUACAAGAAGAUAUUAGAGGAGAUUGA